AUUCUGCACACUCGCCCAUCCUAAAUGUGGAAGCAUACCAUCCGAGCCAGGCCGGGUUCCCCCCUCCUGAGGUUCCCUUGUAAAAAAACACUAUGCGGUGACAUUUGUUGUUUUCUAACAUAUGGACAACUCACUGCGAACAGAAAUUAACUGCUCCGCAUAGAGCGCACAACAUGUACAAUUAGAAAGACACUGCGUUCGGCCCACUCUUGCUAACAUUUGAAUUGGGAAGAGGGAUGGGCAGGGAGGAGGAGGAGGAGGGAUGGGGGAGGAGGGGGAAAAGGAGGGGCCCUUAUUCCAGACCUUCCACAGGCCCGCCUACCCUACAGACGACAACCCAAGCAAGAUACUUGGACCCAGGCAUUGUACAAGGCCGCGCGGCGCGGAAGCGAUACAGAAAGACGGCGCGCGCGUCUGGCAAUUUCGUGAGGAGUAGGGUAUCCACCACCGAUCCAGCCUCCACAGGUCUAUUCCGCGCCCCUGUGUCAUAGAUCUGAAGACCCUCGGCCCGACCUGAAGAGACGACACCACUCAAACACAGGCUUCCGCUGGGCCUCUGAGGAGGCUUCGCGGUGCACACCUGACCUCCCCCGAGUUCUGAAAAUUGAAGUGUCGGUGCGACCUGCAGGCAGCUACAGCCAUGUCGCAGAAACUCUCGCGCGAUUCGGUCAUUAUGGCUCUGAUGGCUCACUCUGGCUCGGUCUCGUCGUACUCUUUGGCGUCGUCCUGGAUGAGGUGGCCGACCUCCCUUCUGGAGAAGUGCGGGCUCUGCCUCCUCAUGAGCAUCGUGAGGCAGACGAGCGUGACAAAAGAAAAAACCGCCGAGCUCAGGACGACUGGGGAGAAAAAGCGUCGGUUCGUCGCGUGCUCCCGGAGGCCCAGAAAGUGGCAUCAGCACCAGCAUCGGGGGCCGCCUUCACCAUGGGGGUCGACCAUCGAUGAUGGAGACGGCGGGAACGUUCAGGCCACUUGAAAGGAAUGAGGAUCACCACACCACCAUCACCGGCUCCCCCGCGGGCGUGACCGAGAUCACUCUGGGUGCCGAAGUUCCCCUCAUGGUACCAGCCUGUGGGCCUCCGAAUGUUAGAAAGCAAUUCACGGAAGGGUUUGGUCGCCCUCAUGGCACCCAGUGCCGCGUCCAAUAGCGCACAAUAGCCUGCGAG